GAAGAGGAAGCCGAGAGCGGAAGCAGAGGAGCGGCCGGAAGUGUCUGGAAUCGCAUCCUGACUGACCGGCUGACAGGCUUUGACAGGAACGGGAGCUGUGAGGAGUUGGUGACCAUGGAGUUGGGCGAGCUGCUUUACAACAAGUCCGAGUACAUCGAGACGGCAUCUGGAAACAAAGUUAGUCGCCAGUCGGUAUUGUGUGGAAGUCAGAACAUCGUUCUCAAUGGCAAGACCAUUGUGAUGAAUGACUGUAUUAUCCGAGGGGAUCUGGCAAAUGUAAGAGUUGGACGUCAUUGUGUUGUGAAAAGUCGGAGUGUCAUAAGGCCACCGUUCAAGAAAUUCAGCAAAGGCGUUGCCUUCUUUCCUUUACAUAUCGGGGACCAUGUCUUUAUUGAGGAAGAUUGUGUGGUCAACGCAGCUCAGAUUGGCUCUUACGUUCACGUUGGCAAGAACUGUGUGAUUGGGCGCCGGUGUGUGUUGAAAGACUGCUGCAAAAUUCUUGACAACACAGUAUUACCCCCAGAAACUGUGGUGCCACCGUUCACCGUCUUCUCAGGCUGCCCAGGACUGUUUUCAGGGGAGCUCCCAGAAUGUACCCAGGAGCUGAUGAUUGACGUCACCAAGAGCUACUACCAGAAGUUUUUGCCCUUGACACAGGUCUAAUGUCUCUGCCUCAUGUCUCGAAUUCGCUUGAGCUCUAAGAUGAACUUGGGGACAAAGUGAGCCAGCCAGCAUCUACAAAGAGCUCUUGUGUCUUUGAUACCUUCCACCUUUUUUUUUUUUGGUCUGGUUUUGUUUAAUUCUUUAGAAUUUCUCAAUCCUUCCAGGUUCUAAGCUCUUAAGACUUUAGUAACCGAAUGUCUGGAGGAGAUGUGUCCAAAUGCUGUGCUUAAACCUUAUCUAUUAACGAUCCCUUCAUACCAUUAUCUGUAGAACACAGAAUCAUCUGUUCCCAACACUCCCACCCCUUGGUCUUGUGGAUGACGGGAUCCUGCUGAAACAGGUCCACAGAGCAGAGCACUGUCCCAGCGUGGAGGUUAUGAAACUGGUCUACUGCUCACGGCUAUUAGCUGCCCACAGUGAACACUGCUCACAUGGGUCGCUCCCAGCUUUCCUGAGCUAACACAUUUGGCCAGAUGCCACAAUUGCUCAUGGUCUUGGGGGGGAAAGUGUUUGUGACUUUUCAGAGCCCAGAUUCCUGUUGGCGACUAAAACUUGGAGGGAGGGGUGGUUAGCAUUUCUCUUCUUCCUGAAAUGACCUUAAGUGUCAUUUUAACCCAGGGUGAUUCAUAAAAGACUUUCUAGCAUUCUGUUCUAGGGCCUUUGGCUUUCACUAGAAGGGGGGCCCUCAGCACCCAGAUUUUAUUUUUGCAAACACCCAGGUAUGAGUCUGCCGUGUGGAUGGACUAGUCUGGCAGUCACUCCUUGCCUCACAGUAUUUGGAGGCAACAGCAUAUGCCUUAUUUCCUUGAAGACGUAGCAUUUGUGACACUUGUCCUCUGGCCUAGAGCCAUUCAUCCACUCUGUAUUUGCCAUAAACCUCACAGUUCAGACCAAAAUAUCUCUCCUGGGCCCAAUCACAUAUAUACACGGGGGCCUCUUAAAUCAUUCUGUGGGCACAGAGCCCCAAGGAGUAAAUGAACUUACCAGUGCUGUUCUUAACCAUCUCCUGGGUAAUAACACAACCCUGCCUGGUUCUGCUCCAACCUCUUGGUCUGAAAGGGAGAUUUAGAAGGGAAGGUCUGAGAACCUUGGCUUUGCUUAAUGCUCUGAUUCUGCUCUGAACGGGGUAAUAUGGUUCAGCCUUGAAGGUUAGGAUCUAGCAGGAGCUGGCCGGACUUAAUAUGUGGUUGUGGGGUUUGUUAAAAUGGCUAUAUGUAAUGAUCUCCUCUAGGUCAAUGUAAAACUGUUUUCCAGUUUGUCUUUUUUUUUUUUAAUGCAUUAAAAGAUAGACACAUGAAACAAAUCA